UUCAUUACGAAACAUAUAUUGUGGGCUUGAAACAUUUGCAGCCACACCCGGUGGGUACAGACAGUGAGACAGCUAGAUAAUGGAGAGGAUUCUCGUGUUUCAUAUGUAGCGGGUCACGUUGUCACCGCUGCAUCCUUUUUCUCCUCGCUUGAUGAUACCUACAUCAGUGGCAGACGGAAAUGUGGAAGUCAAGAAGGGGGACAGUAUGAUUGUUGAGCUGAAGUGGGCGGAAUUCGAGGGUCCAGGCCCAAACCUUGCAGUUCUUUUUUUAGGUACUAUCCACCAAAUAUCAACCAGAAUUAUAUCAUUUUGGUGGCCCAACUUGCACCUGUCGUACUUUUAACUUAGGAGUGGCUUGGCAAGCAUAUUAAUACUACGGGGAUAGUCAGGACUAGAAACUAACAGUCGAAUUCCAGGCAGUAAUGCACAUCUCCAUGCGGCUUAUGAGAGAAAGAUCCACCUAGCAAUCCAUAAUGAGGCCCGAAGCUUCCUUGAAAUUUCAAGUUGGUAAUUCCGGUCAUGAAGUUGUAGCCAAAAUUCCGAAAAAACAUGUAACUAGGGACAAGAAUCGAGGCGGGUUUAUUUGGAAUGUGUAAUGACUACACUUGAAGGGAGGACAGGGUCCACAAACCUUCAAUAUAUAAAGGGUAGGAGAGUCCCCUUCUUCCUCGUCAGUUUCCAUUUCACUACCACUAUUCAGCUUUUAAAAGCAUUAGCCCCAAAGCUGCAAACGAAUAAAAACACAAACAAGUAAAAAUGAAGUACUCCAUCGCUAUCCUUACUGCAAUUCUCGGGGUUGUGGCUGCCCAACAACACGAACAACAUGAACAGCACGAGCAACACGUCCAACACUCUCAAAACAACAACCAUCACACUCAAGACCACAACAAUAACCAUAACAACAACGACCACCACAACAACGAUCACCACGACAACGAUCACCACAACAACAACCACAACAAUAAUAAUGAUCACCAUCACAACAACAACAACAAUCGUGAGCUCCAUGAAGAAACCACUAAUGUUCAAAAUGAGCGUAGAGGAAAUGACAUCAAGAAGAUUGAAUACUUUGCAACUGCCAUGGCUCCUUAUUACGGCGAGAACCCAGGUUUGCAACCAUGGUUAUCUUCUUACUCUUCUCUCGUUGAACAAAACCCAAGGACCAGAGACAACAGGCUUUUCAAGACUCUCUUCAAGGAUCCAGUCUUCACCAGCUGGCAACACGCAGAAAAUCAACGUACGAAGACUGCUAAACCCACCAAGACCAAGACCACCAAGACCAAAGCUCCAAAGACCACCAAGCCACCUAAGCUGGAUGAACUAAAGGAUAACGAUAUGAAGAAGGUUGAAUUUUUCGCUACUGCUAUGGCUCCUUAUUUUGGUGAAAACCCAGGUUUGCAACCUUGGUUGUCCUCUUACUCAUCUCUUGUUGAACAAAACCCCAAAACUAGAAACAAUAAGCUUUUCAAGACUCUCUUCAAGGAAAAGGUGUUUACCAGCUGGCAACAUGAGUACAAAAAGUAUACCAAGACUGCCGAAAAGAGGGAUGCUGAGAUUACCGGUCUUGCCGAACGUGAAGACAAACAAGAAUCAGUUACAACUCCUACUGCAGGUCGUUCCACUAGCAACAAAAACGCUGGUGUUGUUGAAGUUGCAGCUGCUGAAGUUGUUUUUGCAGCCGUUGUAGCCGCCCUUCUCUAGAUAUAUUUCCUUGAUGUCAUUCUUAGGCUCACCUUUUGUUGAUUGAUUUUAAUACGAUGUUUCCUAUUAGAAGAGUGUAGCUGUAGCUGUAGAAAAUGUACCAUCCAUGCACCCACCACGAGCUUAUU